AUGUACAUUUCAGGUCAUGCCUUCAACGAUGAGGACCGCUGUGUGUGCGCCGGUUACGACAACGGCGACAUUAAACUCUUCGACCUGCGGAACAUGUCUCUGCGGUGGGAAACCAACAUCAGAAACGGGGUAUGCUGUGUGGAGUUCGACAGGAAAGACAUCAACAUGAACAAACUGGUGGCCACCUCGCUGGAGGGGAAAUUCCACGUCUUUGACAUGAGGACCCAGCACCCCACCAAGGGCUUCGCCUCUGUUUCCGAAAAGGCUCAUAAAUCAACCGUCUGGCAGGUGAGACAUUUGCCUCAGAACAGAGACAUCUUUAUGACUGCAGGGGGAGCAGGCAACCUCCAUCUAUGGAAAUACGAGUAUCCUGCUCAGAGAAGCAAAAAAGACUCUGACGACGUGGAUGUCGGUGUCGCCGGCUCCGUCAACCUCUUACAGAACGUCACUCUGUCCACUCAGCCGAUCGCCAGCCUGGACUGGAGCCCCGACAAGCAGGGCCUGUGUGUGUGUUCGGGCUUCGACCAGUCUGUCCGUGUCCUCAUUGUCACCAAGCUCAACGUAGUGUGAAAAAGCAGACCACUUCCAAGACUCUUGGGCAGCUUAAAAUGAAGUCAGACACAACUGCAGAGAUGCACCAACUGUGUGUGAAUGACACUGAAUCGUCUCUUAUUAGAGGACACCGGUUUCCUGCUGUGAGUCUGGGCAACUGUCUAGAUUUUGCACAAUUGUUUUCUUGCCAGACAACACUUUAACUCAAAUGAACUGGGGAGUCUUGUUUGGAUUUGGCCGUUUUGUCUCUGUUGAUAUCUCUGAAAAUGUGUCGUGCCUGAUUUUUAUCCUGGAGUGUGGUAAACAUCUCUCUGUAACACCAUUAUACAUUUUCCAUAUGACUAUAAAGCCUCUAUUGAGAUGAAGGAUGGAGUCAUACAGCCUUUGGCUUGGACUGAUUGAUGAACAAAAUGAAUUUCUUGAUCAAUUUCCAUUUUUGUAGGAGGCUCUGAGUAUCACCUGUCUUCUGUUGUUGCACUGCGGUGAACAUUGUUGUGCUCCAGUUUCAUUUGUUGUUAAAGUUGUUGCUUUUGAUAUGAUAUUUUUUUGAGAACUCUUGUUUUUUCAAAUUAAACGUGGGUUUGGAGAGAAAAGGGUUGACCUCUGGCCAAAAAGAUUUCUGAAAUCACGUGCAAGUAAAGUCAAGAGAAGUACUUUUUUUAUAAACACGCUUAAAAC